AUGAAGCUACUCCUCGGCGCUCUUGAAGGCAGCGCCUUGACCCUAGCAGUUCAAGCUGGCACUGUGCUGGUCGCGUAUUGGCUCAUAUGGCUAGUCUACAGUCGCACAUUUCACCCCCUCGCCAAAGUCCCCGGUCCAGUCUGGGCCUCUCUAUCACGAACAUGGCUCAUGUAUCGCAUGUUUCGCGGCGACUACCAAUUAGCUCAAGUAGCACUUCACGAGAAAUAUGGACCACUCAUUCGCAUCGCACCUAACGAGCUUUCCUAUUCGAAGCCAGAUGGCGUCUCUCUCAUCUACCGCCUCAGCAGACCCCUCGAGAAGACGGACUGGUAUCAUGCCUGGAAAGGCGCAGGUCUCAAGUCUCAAAUCGACAUGUUCACCAUCACCAACGAGAAGAAACACACUGCUUAUCGCCGGGUCGUUGGCGCUGUGUACUCAUUAACCAGCAUCCUGAAGAAUGAGGUACAGAUGGAUCAAAACGUUGCUAUGCUUCUCGACCGCCUUGAUGGGUUUGUGGAAAGAAAGGAAGAUGUGGAUCUUGGGCUUUGGCUGGAGAUGUAUGCUUACGACAACAUUGGGUCUGUGUUCUUUGGAAAGCCGUUCGGGUUUCUGGAGACAAGCAGUGACUAUGGCGGAUACAUAGCUGCGGUGCACAAAGCAAUGCCGUUCCUGUCCGUGGUUUCGAUGGCGCCGGCUUACGCGCGGUCUAUUCUUAUGGUGAUCGCUGCUGUGGUACCCUCUCUUCUUCGGGCCGUUCUGGCAGUUGAUGAUAUUCGCAAGACUGCGGUUCGAGAAACCGAGGAAGCCAUGGCGAGGAAGUCCGACGACUCUCAACGCCACGACAUGCUCACUCGGCUCCUGGACAUCACCGAGAAAAAGGGCGAGAAGAUCGAGAUCACGCAUCACGAAGUCACAGGCGAGAUGUGGGUCGCUGUCAUAGCUGGCGCCGACAGCACAGCAGGCGGUCUCCGCGCAAUCAUCUACCACAUCCUCAAACACCCCUCCGUGAUGGCCAAACUCACCGCCGAAAUCGAUUCCGCCUACGCCAACGGCACCCUCACCCACCCCGCCCAGCAUUCCCAAGUCACAACCCUUGUUUACCUCACGGCGGUUUGCAAAGAAGCAGCGCGCGUGUGGCCAAGCUUCCAGGUCAUCAUGCCGCGGUACGCGCCAGCUCAAGGUCUUCAGCUUCCGAAUGGCUUUUUUGUCCCUGCAGGGUAUAGGGUGGGUAUCAAUCCAUUCGUUGUGCAUCGCGACACCGGGCUCUUUGGAGAAGAUGCGGGGAUUUUUCGACCGGAGCGCUGGCUGGAGGCUGAUAAGGAGCAAUUGAGAAGAAUGAACUCGGCUAUACUGACAUUUGGAGCCGGGACGAGGACGUGUACAGGACAAAAUUUGGCUAUGGCGGAGAUCUACAAGAUUGUGCCUGAGAUUCUGCGUCGGUUCACGAUCAGCAUGCCACCGGAGAAGGAGUGGACUGCAUUCAAUGCGAGUUUCAACUUGACGAGCGGAGUUGUUUGUAAGAUUGAACGGAGAGGUACAUGA